UGUAUGGAGCACUAUGGCCUUUUAUAUUUUCAGUUUACACAUUCCUUUUGAGUUUUGGAGGCAUGUCUGUGGUUUCUCAAAUAUUGCAAGAGCCUAAUCUUGAUCCACAAACUGAGGCUAUAUCACUGUUUGUAGCAAAAAUUCUUGAGCUCAUUGGAACUUUGCUUCUACUUAAAUUCACUGUCAAGCCACAAUAUAAUUUCAUGAAUUUCUUCAAAUCUACGGAGUCGUCAAAAGAUAGGAACUGGCUGUUGGCAUCAGCUAUUGGAUUUGGGUUUCUUGUCUCAUUGGUUUCUAUUACAUCGUUCCUUGCGGACAAAGCUGUUGAACCCAAGCUUAUGGCCAUAUUUUUACGAUCAUUAUUUGGAGAUAUGAAAGCCAAAUGUAGUAGCAUUCUCAUUUUCAGUCUCAAGAACUGAUUAGGUAAAUGUCGAAAACAAGUGAAGGAAUCAUGUCAUUUCGUUUGCCCACUCCGCAGGUUUCUUUUGUAUUGGUGGAUAAAAUGUAAUAGGCAUACAAAUUUAAUUGGAAGGGAACAUGGAAAGUGCUUUUGACAACAUUAUGAUCUCAUUUGGUUGUGUUGACCUUUGAAUUGUGGAAGACACACUAGUACUUAAAGAGGGGUUUCCAGUUAUAGAAGGGAGAUCAUAUCCUUUCGAUAGAGCUUAAUCAAAUGUUUCUGCUAUUGGUAUAUUUUCUUUAACAAUUUUUCUGUGAUUUUAGCAUCAUUUGAAAUCAGCACCAUGCUUAGGAUCUAGUUUAAUUUAGUCUAGUUUAAGGACAGGUUUGAGUUGCUAGAAUAACAUUGACUGGUUGUAAUUAACAUAAACUGGUUUCAGGUUAAUAGGACUCCUAGAAAGAGGACAAAAAGGGCAUAGAUUACUUGAUUAGAAAAUUAUGCCGAGUUAGU